GUUUGCUGCUGUGAGCUGUUGGAAACCAGACUGCCAGUCGUGCAUAUAAGGUGCGAUGUGUAGCAAAGGAUUACUCAAGUUCGAUAUCGGCGGUUUUGGGACAUUCGUCGUCGCUUAGGCCCUGUAAGUGGUUUUACCAACCGCGAACGAGGCUGGAAAACAAACCAUUAGCAAGUACCUUAACAGCCACUCCGCGCCAAGCCUGCGUCAAUAUUAUGGCGAACAACAAUGACGAGUGGGACAUUGUCUCGGAUGCGGAAGAAACCACGGACGACGACUGGGAGGACAUCGUCGAGGUCGCCGCGGGCAUAGCCACCGACGCUCGCGCGCUUGUCCUCAACGCCCGCGUGCUUGCCAUGGUUGCCAUCAACGUCCGCACGGUUACCACCAACGUUCGCACGGCUGCCCCCAGACUUCGCGACGCCGCAUGCGACGUUUUCGUGGUCGCCCUCGACGUUUGCGCGUUUGGCUUCGACGAUGGGUUCGAGGAUUGA